ACCUACUCUGUGUAAAAAAUCAAAAUGCUUGUCAAAAAUAUAAAUAACCAUUAUCCGCAUCAUAAUAUUUUCAUUGUUUUUCAGCUAUUUACGUAAAAAAUAUAAUCAAAUGUUGGCUCAGAAAAGCCUAAAUUGUACGUUUUAUUUUUACCAAAGUAAUACAUUUAUGGAAUUGAUUGGGGGUUAUAAAUUCAUAUGGAGAGGCGCAGACAUCACAGCCAGCCUCAUCACCAUCACAAAGGAACAUAUUCAAGAGAUCCUGACUCGAGAUCCAGCUUUUGGUCAGAAGUGAAGAGAUCAAACAGCGACCUGCGUCACGAUACAGGGUGCUCUCCCGAGUGUUGUCCUAUUCAAGAACGUUUAGAAGAUGGACGGAAACCGGACUGUCAGUGCAACAAUCAGCGAACACAAACUUCAGAAACAAGACGAGAGAGAAAGCAAAAGGAUAGAAAAUACGAAAAUAACAUGAGAUCGGACCGCCAUAAUCCUCCAUCACCCUGCGGAGUCACAGAUUGUCCUAAUGCUACCGAUUCGUAUGAUUCGAUUUGUUUAGGGCCAGUAGCGUCGUCAGAUCAUUUGGAAUCGAUCCAACACGUGGACCGCGCGGCGAACGAUUAUGUACAAACGGAGAUAGACGACGUCAACUACUACCCCCUCUCUCCCCUCCCGAACUGCAGAUGCUCUAGAAAUAGAAACCGCCCUCGGGCCCGCAGGGCCAUACCCCAUACUCAUACCAAUAAAGCUAGAAAUACACCGGAAAAUCACGAAGACGCAGAAACAGAAUACGAUGAUCGUAUCGCCCCAUCAAACAAAAGAAUUAGCUACGAUUCAUCUAAUUACGGAGAAAAUGAAUCUAGUAAGUCCAGAAGAUAUGAAACUCAUUCAAGGAACAGAAGUGAUAGUCGUCGAGAAGCCCCAACGUACAAGAGAGAAGGUUUCGAUUCCCCAGCUAAUAGAAGACACUACUCAAGAGAACAUAGAAGAGGUUACGAGACAUCCAGCCACAGACGACAAGAUAACGAAUCUCCCAACUAUGGAUAUGAAAGUGAGCGACCCCGACACAGAAGUGAUGGUUACGAAGAUGUUCCACGUAAAAGGCGGGAAGGAUACGAAACUGAGUCCGCUCGGUACAAAAAGAAUGACUAUGGCAUGCGAACGGAUGCUGAAGAAAAUAAACAAUACAGUCUUGAAUGUUAUUGUCAAAAAGGAAAAUAUAUGUGUUAUCCUUCACCUGGGUCAACCGUACCUUGCCAUUGUAAGAAAAGAAAUCAGAAAAAUAAAGGGAACCAGUGUUUGCGCCCUCCUUCAAAUUGUCCCUCAACAGCGAGUUUAAGAAGCAAUCGCGCUUGUCGCAACACGUCAUGUCAGACCCCUGCGCACAAAUCUCACCAAACAGCUAUUUCUCCUCGUCCAGCCGACCCAAUGGGAUCAACUUGCUCAGUAGUAUUAGAAAGUCCUCCGCCAAUAGAAUGCCCGCCCUCGAAGGUGUUUGUUCCCCAAACUAUCCUGGAAUGUCCGACGCCAGUAGUGGAGUGUCCACCUCAGAGAGUGAUCAUCCCACCACCGAUCGUGGAGUACACAGAACCCAUAAUGGAAUGUCCGCCGCCGCCGCAAGUCAUCCAAUGCCCACAGAAAGCAGGAGAAUGCCCGAGUCCGCUACAAGAAUGUCGCUCAACAGAAUUUUCUAUGCAAAGGGUUUUGUGCCCUCCGCCGACAGUAGUGGAAAUGCCUCCACAGAGAGUAGUAAUCCCAAUAGUGAAAUGUCCUAAGCCUGCACCGACGGUUUGCCGCCGCCCACCCGCUCCAUGUGUACAGGCUCCAUGUGUACAGGCUCCAUGUGUACAGGCUCCAUGUGUACAGGCUCCAUGUGUACAGGAUCCAUGUGUACAGAGCUCUAAUUGUUCCUGUGCUGGUAAAGAGCCGGGUUCCGACAGAUGCUGCAACUGUGGAUGUUGCCGAUCCUGAUUAAAUUUGAGAAAUAAUAAUCUUUAAAUAAUUUAACUUUGAUAAAAAAAAAAUUUUAGGAUUAUAAUAGUGGUUUUAGAGCUUUAGUUGUUUGAUUGAUAGUUCACUAUGAAUCCCUAUUAUAUAUCAAGCAAUUCUGUAGCAGUUCUUCCAUCAAAACGCGCAAUUUAUGUCCUGUUUAACCAGUCCUCAGUAAAACGGGGAUUGUACAAGCAAACAAUUUAACCUUCUCGCUAUUACCCGUCCUUAUUAACCACUCAAAGCACGUAGCGACCGAUAAUACCGUAACCUCAUUACACGA